UUCAGCGAGAGCAGAGGAACCGUAACACCGGCGAGCCAGAACCCGAUUCUCCCUCUGCGGAUCCGUUGGACAAAGCGAGGGGUUUUCAUGCUCUUGAGACUGCACAGAAACAUCACAGCUUGGUGGAGGUAUGACAUUAACCAGGGGCUCCUUCACUUAUUCCAGAGGAGAAGAAUAUACCGGAGAAUGGAAGGAAGGUCGGAGGCACGGUAAAGGCGAGCUGAAGUUUGCUGAUGGCACCUGUUAUAAAGGUCAUUUUGAGAAUGGCCUGUUCCACGGAUCAGGGGUAUUAGUCUUUCCCGAUGGAUCCAGGUACGAGGGUGAAUUCGCCCAGGGAAAAUUCCAAGGGGUCGGAAUCUUCAGCAGGUUUGACGGGAUGAAAUUUGAAGGAGAAUUCAAAAGUGGCCGUGUUGAAGGAUAUGGGCUGCUGACAUUUCCAGAUGGUUCCCAUGGUGCUCCGCGAAAUGAGGGAGUGUUUGAGAACAACAAGCUUCUGAAACGUGAAAAGUGUCAGGCUGUGGUGCAGAGAGCCAAGAACUCAGCAUCCACUGCCCGCGGCCUCUGUAUGACAAACUGACCUCAGUGAGAGCACCCCUAACUGCGGCUUUCAGAUCAGGCAGUGUCACAAGUUAAGAAGUCAAAGCGGACUGUGGAUCUGCAUUCAGGGGUGAUCUCUGCCUUCACCAAACAACGGAGCUCAAAAAUAUGAGAGACCCAUCAGACCCUCAGGGAUGGAUGAAAGUGUUUCCAUUCCACACACCUCUGUUUCUCUCACAUUGUUGCUCUGCCUUGGUUUCCUCUGUGGCUUAAAAACAUCACAAAAUACUGUAUGUUUGUUAUGGAGGCAUGGAUAAACUCGAGUCACCAUCGGAGGCAUUGCAGGUACGGAAGCCUGGUCACGUGAAGAUAUUUUUGGGAAACCCUUCAUGACAGCACGCCAAGUGAUCAGUUUGGGAACUGGAUGAGCCAGGCCAUGGAUUACAUCUUUAAUACAGCAGCAAAACACACCGAGUAACUACAAAGAGAAGAGCUGGAUUGUUGAUUCAUAAACAACCUUAUAUUGGGGCAAAUGUUUGCUUUCAGGCUGGCGGAUUGUAAUUAUGUAAUAAGCACAGAUGACAUAUGUCUCACACAUGGGCAUAUCAGUGUCCUCCACCCAAAGCCUUGUCAUCUGAUGCAUCAGGAAACUAUGCACAGCAAUGAGCCUGUCCUGGCACAGUAAGCCAUAGACAAAACUAUAGCAUGUUAAUGUGUUUCAAAUGAAAGAUUUGUUAUGCAAAAGUCAAAUAGACUAAAUAUUGUGCAUGCAUUUCUCAUUUCAGAAAGACAAACUAGUCAAAAUGCUUUCUGCUGAUUGGUCAGCCGAAGAUCAAACCGUGCUGUCAUCAGUUCUUCCACAGUAUCACUCAGCAGAAUAAUAGUCCUCCGCUGCUGCAGUUGUACGGAUUCAUA